AUGGCAAAGCGCGCAGGAAAAAGCGAAAGCGAAAGCAUGUUUGCAAACAACUUCAACGACAAAGUGUCUUUUCUCAAAAAAACAAUACACAAGCCUGCCUCCGUGGCAAGGCCGGUAAGCGGAGAUCCCUCCGUGCUGUACAACGAGGAAACGGGGGCGCUCAAGGUGUUUAAGUUCCCGCAGGGCUUUGGAAAAGCCGUAAAGGUCGCAAGAGAAAGGAGGGGCCUGUCUCAGAAAGAGCUUGCCACCAAGCUAAGCAAGCCUGCCUCGACGGUUUCCGACCUGGAAAAGGACAUGUGCAAGUACGACAAGAAUCUGUUCCAAAAGCUGGAAGCUGUUCUUGAGGUGAAGUUCCCAUCCUCAUUUGCGCGCGGAAAAUAG